AUGAAUCAAAAGAAGAAAUAUAAGAAUAGAAAAAAAUUAUAUAAGAAUUAAAAAAACAAGUAAUCUAAAGUGAUGAAUAAGCAAAUGCAUAUAAAAAUAAAUAUUUUAAAGUUAAAUAAACCCAAAAAACAUUAUAAUCAGAAUAAAAAUAUGUAAUUUUUAUUUUUAUCAUAUUUUAGUUAGAAGAGAAAGUUAAAUUGA